CAAGCUGAUGCUUCAAUCUCUCCAGAACCCUAAAGUUAGAAAAAUAAUAGAGGAUGUUAUAGGAGGUUGUGAUUAGUAAACAGCUACUCUUCUUGAUCUAUCUUGUGUACAUCUUUACACUUGUGAAGAAGGAAAACACAAAUUUCAUCAUUGUAGAGUUCAAGGAAUUUUAGCACUUCUAAUUGAUAGAAGGGAAGGAAAAGUAUAUAAUAUUUCAUUGUAAUAGGCAUUCUAUUUAAGAAUAUAUGAUCCAGCUUCCCUUGAAGUUAGAUUCUCUGCUGAAUUAUACUUUGGAUUUGUAGAUAGUUGGGCUCCAGUCAGAGGAUUCAAUAAUUUUUAUGCUUUUUAAGUUAGCAAAGGUUUUGUAGGGAUGCUUUUUGUAAAUGAAUAAGAAGCUUAGAGAUUAACAUAAAAAAUUAAAUAAUAUGCUCCAUCAAAAAAAGAUCUAGAGAAAUUGAAUUUAAAAAUAAAAGAAGAAGAAAAAUAAUUAAAGGCUUAUUUAUAAUAAGAGAAGGAGAAAGAUUCAUUUUCUCAAUAAUUUAUGGCAUUUUUUGGUAAAGAAAAAAUUGAAAAAGUAUAAAUUAAAAUUAUCUAUUAAGCCUAUUAAAAUUGGAACACCUUAGAAUGUUUAAAGAAAUGCUCUUUCUUUGAAUGUGGAAACUGGAGAAAUUGAUAUAGAAAAAUUGCCACCUGUACUAAUAGAGGUAUUUUUGAAUGCAGGGAUUACAAAAAAGGAUCUUUAAGAUAAAGCAAAAGCAAAAGAGAUAUUUAAAACAAUAGCUCGAUUUAGUGAGAAAGUUUAAUAAAAUCCAGUAUCUUAUAUUAAUAAAUUUAGACAAAUCAAUUAAAUUAGUAAAAUAAAAAUUAAGCUAAACCUUAACAAUAAGUUACAACUCAGCCUUCUUAAAAAUAAAAUCCAACUUAACCAUAAUAAUAAUAAUAAUAAUAAUAAUAAUAAUAAUAAUAGUAAUAAAAGCCUUAAAAUUCAAAUACAAAUAAAGGUGCUCCUCCUCCUCCACCUCCUCCACCUCCACCACCUCCACCUCCUCCUCCACCACCUNUAAUAAUGUAGAUAAAAUACAAGGUUUUUUAAACGGAGUUAAUUAUUUAUUUUUAUUCUAUAUUUUGUUUAUAAUUUAUUGCGCAAUCAAGCUGAUGCUUCAAUCUCUCCAGAACCCUAAAGUUAGAAAAAUAAUAGAGGAUGUUAUAGGAGGUUGUGAUUAGUAAACAGCUACUCUUCUUGAUCUAUCUUGUGUACAUCUUUACACUUGUGAAGAAGGAAAACACAAAUUUCAUCAUUGUAGAGUUCAAGGAAUUUUAGCACUUCUAAUUGAUAGAAGGGAAGGAAAAGUAUAUAAUAUUUCAUUGUAAUAGGCAUUCUAUUUAAGAAUAUAUGAUCCAGCUUCCCUUGAAGUUAGAUUCUCUGCUGAAUUAUACUUUGGAUUUGUAGAUAGUUGGGCUCCAGUCAGAGGAUUCAAUAAUUUUUAUGCUUUUUAAGUUAGCAAAGGUUUUGUAGGGAUGCUUUUUGUAAAUGAAUAAGAAGCUUAGAGAUUAACAUAAAAAAUUAAAUAAUAUGCUCCAUCAAAAAAAGAUCUAGAGAAAUUGAAUUUAAAAAUAAAAGAAGAAGAAAAAUAAUUAAAGGCUUAUUUAUAAUAAGAGAAGGAGAAAGAUUCAUUUUCUCAAUAAUUUAUGGCAUUUUUUGGUAAAGAAAAAAUUGAAAAAGUAUAAAUUAAAAUUAUCUAUUAAGCCUAUUAAAAUUGGAACACCUUAGAAUGUUUAAAGAAAUGCUCUUUCUUUGAAUGUGGAAACUGGAGAAAUUGAUAUAGAAAAAUUGCCACCUGUACUAAUAGAGGUAUUUUUGAAUGCAGGGAUUACAAAAAAGGAUCUUUAAGAUAAAGCAAAAGCAAAAGAGAUAUUUAAAACAAUAGCUCGAUUUAGUGAGAAAGUUUAAUAAAAUCCAGUAUCUUAUAUUAAUAAAUUUAGACAAAUCAAUUAAAUUAGUAAAAUAAAAAUUAAGCUAAACCUUAACAAUAAGUUACAACUCAGCCUUCUUAAAAAUAAAAUCCAACUUAACCAUAAUAAUAAUAAUAAUAAUAAUAAUAAUAAUAAUAAUAGUAAUAAAAGCCUUAAAAUUCAAAUACAAAUAAAGGUGCUCCUCCUCCUCCACCUCCUCCACCUCCACCACCUCCACCUCCUCCUCCACCACCUCCUCCCCCUCCUCCACCUCCUCCUCCACCACGUUAAGGAGGUGGUAAACCUGCAGCACCAAAACCUGUAGCACCAAAACCUCCAUCAAAUACAUAAAUGUAAAAACCUUAAAAUCCAUAAAUCAAUCCUGUUCAAAAACCUAUAUAACCAAGCCAAAAUUCAAAUCUGUAAUAAAAUUUAGUCACCAAAUCUUAAUAAUAACCAUAGCCUCCUUCUAUUUUAAAGAGUUAAAAUGAUAAAAAUAACCUUACAAAAGAAAUUGAAAACUCAACAGGAUAUAAAGUUUAAGGUCACGAUAUUAAAAUGGAUAUUGGCAAUUUGAAUGCUAAGGAUAAAGAGGAUUUAUCUAUUAUGCUUGAGGCUAAUGUAAAAAAUAGAAAGGUUACCUAUGUUAGAAGAAAAAGUAGUAGUGAAAGUGGUUGGAGUGAUGAUUGA